AUGUUGGCAGUUGUGGAGGCGGGGGUCGGCAUCCUGCUUCUGGGGUGCUCCUGGGGCACCAAGCACUGCCGGAAAUGCUACAACGCCUCAAAGAAGCGCGGCCCGGCGGACAAUGGCGGCGGCGGCGCCAAGAAGCCCCGCCAGGCGCCCGACCAAGCCAACACGGCGGCGAGGCUCCCCUGGACGCCCGCGCAGGUGGAGGCCCUCCUCCGCGGCGCGGAGGCGUUUGUGGCCGAUGCGCUACACAGGGAGGGCGCCAAGCCCGCCAAGAUAUCCUGGGAGUUCGCUGAGGAUGCCCCCGAGCUGGAGGGCGCGACGCCGCAGCAGUUGUCCAGUAAAUGGCAGCGGAUGACUGAAAAGGCGGCGGGCGGGGCGGCGGCAGGGGCCAAGGGCAUGACUGAGGAGAUCCGUGAGAGGGUGAACGCGGUGGUGAACGCGGUGCUGGCAGCGUGA